AUUUAUCAACAAGGCUGUCUUGCCUCACAUCCUAAAUAGCCAGGCAGUGUUUGAUUUUUACUUUUGGUUGAUUGGAAACAGAUUAAGGAUGAAAUAUUUGAGGAAACUGAAAAGAACUUCAGAUUGCAAGAGAGGCUGAUCAAGUCAUUUAUCCGGGAUCUUUCUGUGUAUCUUCAGCAUAUACGGGUAAGACAUUUCCUUCAAGGCAAAGAAUGAGCACUACAAGUGAAUGUAGUAAGCACACACGCCUUCUUCUUGAUCUAUUCUUGUCUAGAGGGGUUUAAUUCUUUAUUUUCGUUUUCCAUAUUCCUAAACAAUUAUCCUAUUUAGAACUUUCAUAAAAGGAUAUUAUUAAACUGUGACCCUCCAACUAUAGCUCUAGUGUAUGCGCAUUCAUGGAGCGAGCAGGUUUCAAACCAGUUAUUAGCUAUUAUUAGCAAACAGACUCUCGCACACUGGCCUAAGGCAAGGGCAUUCAAAUGUUACGACAAGUAACGUUAAUGUUAUAGGAGAAUGGUUUAUUAUUAGUCAUGGAAGGUUCACUUAAAUGUCAGAAACACCUAACAUUACUUGGUGUCCAUUUAAAAGAAUAGAAUUUUGUCUAUGCAUUGAGUUUACAGAUACAUAAAUAAAAAGGUAACUCUAAGUUUGUUUCCUCCUUUAGUGUUACUGCUGUUGUGCCAUUGUCAUUGCAGUAAACAAUACAAAUUUUUACAUUAAAGGCAGCUACAUAUGUAAAUGCUUCCCAUAACACCUGGGCACUCCACUGUGUGCGGUAGAAGAAAACUUUACGUAAAUGUAUUAUUUUAAUAUAUACACUUGACGGCAAUUUGACCAGCCAAGUGUAUUGAUUAAAUAAAUACUUACCUUAAUGGGUAUUUGUCGUCUAUGUGAUUUUUGUCAAUGACCGCAAAAAUUGAAUAAAAGCAAGCACCUGGUUUAGAACUAUAUGGAGUUUGUUUUUGCAAGUCUAGUAGGUUAUGGGUUUUAUAGAUUCAUUAUAAUGUGAGAUGAAAUCAUGCUCUUUUUUUAAUUAAUAUUUUAACAAGAUUCUAUUAUGGUAUUAAAUAUGCGUCUAAUUUCUGGAAUUAAAUGGGUAACUUCUACCUGAUUUUUCGUGACAGUGCCUAGAUAUAUGUAAAACUAAUCAAAUUCAUUAUAAAAUAAAAAUAAAAAUUCUCCUUGCAUCUGAACAUCACAUCUUCAAAAUAUAGUGAAUACCUAUACGGCAAUUAGAAUUAUGUUAUCAUGUAAAAAAAAAUGAAAUUUAAUUGAAAUUUUGGGGGAACACUCAGCAAAGAAUGAUUUGGAUAUUUUCUACAGAAUAUCUUAAUUUUUUUUUAUUUUUUUUUAUGAUUUUUUAUAAUAAUUGGUUAUUAUAAGCUGUGUUUUAUUUUGGGCAUGGGGUAGGGAUUCCCUUCAAAUGUAUACUAAAUUAAGCCCUACUCAAUUGCAAUCACUGACUCUGGAACCAUUUUGUUUCCAGGUAAUCUUCUCUGAUAAAGGCCUCAAUUUUAAUAUUUUUGGAUAAGCCUCCAGCAGAUAUUACUAGCCAUUCUUUCCUUGUGUGUUUUUCAGGAAGCUGCUUGUGUUAAAGUGCUGGCUGCCAUGAGUAUGUGGGAUUUAUAUGCAGACAAAGGAACCAGCGACCUGGAUAAAUUUCAGAAAGCCCAUCGACACAUCAGCGAGAAGCUUUUCACGGACUUUGUGAGUGGUCCCAUUCAUUCCUGUGUGCUUCGUACCUGAUAACUGGUUAAUGAUUUGUUGCAAACAAUGACCUUUAAUCGAUGAACAUAACCAUACACAUCUAUGUAGAUUACAAUUCAUAACAGAUAGGAUGACUUGUUCUUAUCUAUUUUAUGGUACAGUAACGAUCUUCGUUCAGGUGUGGCUGCAAGCAGGAAUUUUUAUAAAUUUCCUUUUUUUUUAUGACUUUAAAACAACAUGUUUAACCUCUUAAGGACCAAACUUCUGGAAUAAAAUGGAAUCAUGACAUGUCACACAUGUCAUGUGUCCUUAAGGGGUUAAAGAAUCCUACAUACUAAUGAGCUGAGAGUAAUGUGUUUACAUAUAGAUUAAUGCCCUAACCUAUAUAGUGGAUUAAUACCUGUGCAUUCACAAAUCACAACGUACUGACAUUGUUUUUUUUUUUUUUUUUUUAUGGUAGACCAUGUUCAGGUCUUGCUUAAUCUACUUCCUGCUAUUUAUUUUAUUUUUUUCAAACUGCAUUUCAUAAGCUGGUCAAAGUCUUAAUAUGUUUACAAUUACAUACUAGAUUAUGAAAAAUAAGAAGCAUAGCUCAAGCGCCCAAAAUAUUACUGUAUUAAAUCUACCAAUGUUCUGACCAAAUUUAAAGGGGAAAUCAAGUACCAGAACCAUUACAGCUUAUUGUAGUGGAUGUGAUGCUGUAACAUGUUUUAUUUAAUUAAAUUUUUUGCGCUAUAAUCCCUCCAAUGCGCAAUUAUUCUAUUUAUAAAACAUUUACGUUUUAAAUUUUUUUAGAAUGAAAACAAACGUAAAUUCGUUUUUCUCAUUUACAGAAAGAGAGGACGGAGAAGUUGGUCAUAUCUCCUCUUAACCAGCUUCUUACAAUGUUUGCUGGGCCUCACAAGUUGGUCCAGAAGCGGUUCGACAAACUCCUGGAUUUCCACAAUUGCACAGAACGAGCGGAGAAGCUGAAAGACAAGAGGACUCUGGAGGAGCUGCAGUCAGCAAGAAAUAACUAUGAAGCUCUGAAUGCCCAGUUACUCGAUGAGCUGCCCAAAUUUCAUAAUUACGCCAAGGAACUGUUUGCCAGUUGCGUGCGUGGGUAUGCCAACGCUCACUGUGAUUUUGUGAAACUUGCUUUGGAAGAGUUGAAACCUCUCCUUAUGGUGAGCUACAAAAUAAAUAAAUGUAUAUAAUUGUUAUAUUCAUGGGGGGUGGGGGGGGAAAUCUUUCUGCAAGCCCAAUGUUGUCUGCAAAAACAAAAAAUUUUGGGUAAAUAAAAAUAAUUCAGAAGUACUUAUGCAAAAUAAUGGAAAUGCCUUUCUAAUAGAGUAGAAACAGACCACAAAUGCAUGCGCAGUUGGUCAUCGCAGCGGUGUACAGACACAUUCUGCAUAUUGUGACUUUUCUAAGGCUGCUGAAUAUAUCUCAGAAGUUCCAGCGGCAAGCAGAGUUUCAUGGGACUUGUGUUGAUCUCUCUUUAUAAGCGAUCAUUUGUUGGCCAGUCUAGGCUAUUCUGUAGUCACUGCAGACAUCGCUUUAAAUCAUAGGUGUUUGUGUGAGGAACCUAAAAUGAGAUUAGUAUUUCAGAAUAUUUUUUACAUUUUUUUUUGCUUGUGUUUUUGUAUGUUUUAAAGGUUUGUUAGUGCAACCCUGUUGUGUUACUUUUAAUAUUAUUUGCCUGGGCGGUGGUUACAAUUGUUAUUAAAAUCAGAAAAAUAUUUUUAUAAUAAUCAAAAAUAGUUACACAUAAAAUCAAUCUGUUUUCCCCAGCACAAUCAGGUCUGAGUAAUGUAUUUCUGAUUUCAGCUUCUAGGAAUAGGCAGCAGAGAGGGGAAUAUCGUUUCCAUCUUCCAGGAGGAACACGGCAAGGUUCUACAACAGCUUCAGCUCUUUACCUUCUUCCCUGAAAAUCCUCCCCCUGCCAAAAAACCAUUUGAAAGGAAAACAAUAGAACGUCAGUCUGCGAGGAAGACUGUCCCAAGCCCAGUAAGUUGCAUGUUUUCUAUGUGAGUGAUACAUCCAAUAAUAUUCUAUUUAAUUUAACCAGAAAGAGGACGGAUAACUUGGAUAGAUGGACAGCCUCAAACUAGUGCCUAUUUGUCCUUAUUAUGUUUACUUGUAAUAUUUUGAUCAACAUAUAACCAACACUUUCUGGAGACUGGACAUGCAUUUUCUUUUUUACCUUUUGAGCACCAGAGGAGUCAGAGAUCUCUUACAAACGAAGAUCCACUGUCUGAUUAAGCAGAAUCAACACAAAUAAGAAUUCCAUUAAAGGACCUGCCAGGAAGAUUCUUUUAGCGUUUGAUGGUUUUCAAGUAUAUACUUGACUACAAGUGUUAAGAUUUAUCAACUUUAAAGGGACACUAUAGUCACCCGAACAACUACAGCUUAAUCUAUAGCCCCUGCAGGCAUUUUCAUGUAAACACUGCUUUUUCAGCACUGAUGUUCAGCGUCUCCAUGCUCUGCAUGGAGGUGCUGAAUGCUCCAAAGAGAGAUGCAUUGAGUCAGUGCAUCUCUGUGAGGAGAUGCCGAUUGGUGCAGAGCGACAUUUUUAAGUUUAUGUGAGGUAUCCUCCCAAUGCUUCAGUAAGGGAAAGCAUUGGAUUGGCUGAGAGCAUCAGUUCUGAUGAUCUCAUCCAAGUGGGUGGAGCCAGCGCUAGCAGACCCACACGGCACUGGAAUAAAAGCAAGUUUAAACUAUGUUUACAAAAAUGCAUGUGUAUUCCUCACCCUAUAGUGUUCCUUUAUCAGAUAAAAAAGGUUGAGAGAGUUAAAGGUGCUGGCCAUUGAGUAGAAGAGAAAUAUUCCUCAUAAUACAAUUUUUUUUCCUCCCUACUCUCUAGUCCAAGUACAUACCUCAGUUGGAUGAACAUAGAGUAGCUCUGCUUGCAAGAUACCCUCCAGAAAAACUCUACCAGGCAGAUCGCAACUUUAAUGCUGCUCAGGAUUUGGAUGUGUCAGUCUUGGAAGGUGACCUUGUUGGAGUAAUUAAACAGCAAGAUCCAAUGGGCAGCCAGAACCGAUGGCUCAUAGACAAUGGAGGUAAGAUUUAUUUACAUAUUUUUUUAUUAUUAUGCAUAAAUGAUGUUGAUAACCAAAAGAACCAACAAUAUGUGAGCGCUGUAGAAUAUAACGCGUUCAGUAUGGAGCAGGGUCGGACUGGGAAAAAAAUUAGGCCCGGGCAUUUUUCAAUUAGAGCGGCCCCCCAAGAAGGGGGCGGGGCCAGAGACGGUGUGUUUUGUCAUCACUAAUGACAAGUACACCCGCUCUGAAAGUGAGCAUGUUGGUUCAAUGCGCAGAGCCCCGCUGAAGAGCUCUAGCAUUAGAAAAAGGCCCUGUAUUUGUUCUGCGCAGCGCAAGCAAAUGUAAUGACAUGCUUGCGCUGUGUUUGCUUUUAAAUUGUCUCUGGUGUCUCCACAAGUGGGAUACCAGAGGACAAAAGGGCCAGGAAAGUGUAUGGUGCAUGUGUUUGGCGCAUGCUUGUGGGAUUGCCUGUGUGUAGAGUGUGGUGUGUAAAUAGGUCAAUUUUGUGGUGUAAUAUGUGUGGCUAGGGGCUGUAGAGAUAGCGUGUAUAGGGGCAUAGUGUUAUAGGGGAUGUAGCGAGUGAGUGCAUAGAGGCAGUAGUGUGUGUGUAUAGGUGACGUAGUGUGUGUCACUUAUACACACACACUACUGUGAGUAGAGAGGGUGUGUUUAGAGAAUGUUGUAUGUGUUUGCUUACAAGGAAUGUAGUGUGAGUGUAGGUGGUGCAGUGUGUGUGUAAGAGAUCUAGUGUGUAAAGGACCCAGAGUGUGUAUAGAAGAUUGUGUGUGUGUGUGUGUGUGUGUGUGUAGAGGAUUAAGAGUGCAUAUAGGGUAAGGGAUCUAGCGUGUAUCUGGAGCGUAUUGUGUGUAGUGGUGCAGUGUGAGCGGUGCUGUAGUGUGUGUGUGUGUGUGUGUAUAUAUAUAAUAAUAAUAAUAAUAAUAAUAAUAUAUAUAUAUAUUUGGACGUAUUGUAUGUGUGAGGUGCGCAGCGUGUUUGUGUAAGAGGAGUGCUGUGUGUGAGGGUGUUUUUAUCUGCCGUCACAUUCUGGGUUUCUAAUUUUAUUUGUCUGUUAACUCACUGAGGGUUAUUUUAUAUAAUAUAUAUGUGCUGUAUAUGUGUGGGAGUGAGGGUGCUGUCUGUCUGAGGGUGCUGUGUGCGUCUGGGGGUGGCUGUGUGCGUCUGGGGGUGGCUGCGUGCGUCUGGGGGUGCUGUGUGUGUCUGGGGGGGCUGUUAGGGAAAUUAUUUUAAAUAUAUAUUUGUUUUAUUAAUAAUAAAAAAAAAAAAAGUUAUGCCUUUUUAUGCCUUCUUUGAUCUCCCCACCGGCCCAUGAAGGCACACAGCAGGGCCGGCGCUCGGGUAGCGCUGGCCCUGUACGGGCUGGCAGGGGAGAUCCUGUGAUCUCCCCUGCCGGCCUCUGCCCACGGCCAUCGCGGCCCACCGGGCAUUUGCCCGGUAUGCCCAAUGGCCAGUCUGGGUCUGGUAUGGAGGCACUCAACCACAGUGAUACAAAAGUAUACACCGAAUACAGACAAAUGUUUACAAAAAAGAGUGCGCUAAACUGACAGAACAGAUCUGUAAAUACAAAAACACAUAGAAUAGUGCAGACUAUCUGGACCAGAAAAUAUUUAAUAUGGGGGUUUCGGGGAAAAAAAACUCACAUUUAGCAGAGCCAUAUCACCCCUGGCUCUGGGUUUGCAUUGCUCCACUUGAAAGGGAAGACUCCCACACUGAAUAGACUCCAAGUAGAGUGCUCACUGGAAGCUGGUAGUACUGUAGGACCUGCCUCUCUAUGUCCUAUAUUGCACAGUACUACCAGCUUCAAGUGAGCACACCACUUGGAGUCUAUUCAGUGAGGAGCCCCACUCAAGAGGAGCAUUGCAAACCCAGAGCCAGGGGUGAUAGGGCUCUGGUAAAUGUGAGUUUUUUUUCCCCCCACACUCUCAUAUUACAUAUUUUCUGGUCCAGAUAGUCUGCAGUAUUCAAUGUGUUUUUGUAUUUACAGAUGUUGAUAACCAAACUAAAAAAAUGUAAAUAAAAUAGACCAGUUGGAUAUGUUUUGCAAUACUGCCAUUUACAGCAUCACCCAUAAUGUAAAAUCUCCUGGAUAGGGGUUUAUUGUGUAUGCAAAGGGCUCCCUUUUCAAAACGACUGGACCAGUAGUAGAUCCCGACUAAAGUGUCCCCACAGUACACAGCAAACGUAUAAACUGAUUGUGAUCAUUCCGUCCAUAACCAGUUAUUUUUUUCUUUUCUUUUCUCCAGUCACGAAAGGUUUCGUUUACAGCUCUUUUUUGAAGCCAUAUAAUCCCCGGCGCAGUCACUCAGAUGCAUCCAUCGGCAGCCAAUCUUCCACUGAAUCUGGCUACGGUGGCUCCUCUCCAAACUUCUCCAGACAGAAUAGCAAUAGCACUUUAACAUUCAACCAGAACAACUCCUCAGUGAGCUUCAGUGCAAAAUCCAAUACAGAUUCCUCUCCCCCAGGUAGUAUCCUACCUUUGUCCAAACCCGCUCAAGCUGACUUCAAUUUGUCUACAAGGAGCUGUGAAACAGACUGUGCCCUUCCGCUACCAACAAGUGACCGGGGACCAAGCAGUUCUAGAGAAAACAUGGUUGCCACGGAGACUGUUCAACAGAUGAAGCACACAGAGGCCAGUCGCCGAGGCAGCCAGCCUGAAAAUGGGAAUAAUGCUACAUUACAAAACAAUGGAGAAAAAGGUCGUGUAUCAGAUGGUUCUAACAUUUAUCGAAAGAAAGCCAACUACCCCCUGUCUGUUGAUUUGGAGGAAGAUAGCGGUGAAGGAAACCAGGUAAGACACAGAAUAAUUGAUUCUUGAUUGGCAGUCCAACAUGAAUAUAAUUCAAAACAGAAUUUCCACAAGCAUUCUAUAAAACUAGUUCUAGAAUACCCUAAGAGCAACCAUUGCUACCUUGGCACUUCGGAAGGCUGGCUCUGUCUCAUAGGGAAAUGUAGUUCACAUGGAACUUACAUCCCAAGGCUAAACAUCACUGCCAUACACUAGUUAAUUAAGUUAAUUAAAUCAUCAAUACUGCGUGUGAACUUUCGUGUAACACAGAAUCAAUAUGGUGGUUUUGAGGCUGUAGAAUGGAUAUGUAUUUUCGCAUUCAAGUUUAUUUUCUUUGAAUUGGGAUAGACACACAAGCAGAAGAGUGUUCACUUCACUCUUAUCUAGACCAUGGUGGUUCUCCGUUCCAGUACCACUACUUCUCACUGCAGUGGUUAUGGUGCCAAGAUAGAAUGAUUUAGUUGAUGUGGCUAAAUCUAGCACUCGCAGAAUAUCAUUGUUGCCCAAAGUUGGACACAUGAAUGUUGAGGUCCACUUUCAUAUUGGUUGGGUAGAUACAGACUGAUAGGACUGCAGCCACAGAAUAUUAGCAACAUAACUAUUGCAAUGAGCUGUAGUAUUUUGGGUGUUUAGAAAGUCCAUUUUAUAUAUUUUCUUAACUUUGCCAUAAUCCUUGUUUUCUCCCAAAUCCUCACCUAUGUCAAAUUGAGUAUCUUCUUGUUGAAUCCUAAUCACUCUUAUUUCCUGCCUCUCUCCUUUAUCCAUCCUCCUUCCCAUUUGUAAACAUUUUUCUGAUAAAAAAUUGUAAGACAAGGUACAAGGUCCAUUUGUACACCAUCCUUGUCUUUGGUCUUAUUUAUUAAAUACAUUUUACCGGGAGUCUGGCAGACUUUUAAGUCUAUUUUUUUUCCAUUGCAGGUGUAUUAUGCCGUAUAUACAUUUGAAGCCCGCUCUCCCAAUGAACUUUCAGUUUCAGCUAAUCAGAAACUUAAAAUUCUGGAAUUCAGAGACAUGAAUGGGAACUCUGAAUGGUGGUUGGCUGAAGCAGGAGGAAAAAGAGGCUACGUGCCAUCAAGCUACAUCCGUAAAACAGAGUACACGUGAAAUUAAAUACAGGCCCUGGACAUUUUUAUUCCAUUGUUUGGAAUGGAAACACUUUUGUGCCUUUUCUGGGAUGAAUUUUCUUGACAUUUCUGCUGAAAUAACGAACAAUAUUUAUGAUGGAUGAGUCUUUAAGCAAGCAGACUUAGAUCAGGCAGCUUGUAUGCCCAUGCUGAAUCUGAGAGUAUUUUGAGGUUUCGUGCAGUUUUGGGUUGGGCACAUUGUUAAGGCACAUUAUAGCACUAUGGAUGUUCUCUUAGUUUGGUCCAACUCUUUCAUUGGGUGGGUUGUUGACCACAUUGAAUUUUGUACUGGUGGACCUGUAUCCUAAUAAAAUAAUAAUGACAAGGGGACUGAUUUGUUCUGCUUUAUUAUGAAAUAGAGAAGCAAAACAUGGAAUGUUGAUAAAUUUGGUCAGUAAGAUGAGGCAUUCCUCUGAAGCUUUUCCACCCUUUUAUUUUUAAAAAGAGUAUCAAUGUUUAAAAUUAGUGUUUCACUUUCUGGACAAAGCGUUCUCUGCUCACCCUUGGGAGAUCUAAAUAGCAGUCUUACACAUCUAAACUUUGGAAUGGCAAGUGAUGUGCUGUAGAAUAAUAUUUUUAUUCUGCCUGUUAAAAUUAACUUAAUAUUUUUAGUUGCCAUAACAUUAAACUGAUUGGGUUUUUCGCAAAACAUUUGCUCAGCAACAUUAAAUUUUUAUUUUUUGGGGGGGGUUUAAAUUUUGUGGUUUCCUUUAUUGUCAUUAUGCCAAUAACCAUUACUGAAGCUUAAAUCAACAAUGCUAUUAAUUCAAGUAAUAUGUUUAUCCAGGACAUUUUCUUCUACUUGUCAUUCUUAUUACUUCUAUGUGUGCUGCUGAUCAGAAAACCCAACAGUAUUUCUUUCAUAGACCAUUUUUAAUUUAAUAGUAUGUUUAUGCAGCAAACAAUAGUGUUGCGAAAUCUGGGCCGAAAUGUGGUGCAUAGUUUAAGUUUUUUAAGGCCUACAUUUUGCAACAGUAUUGAUAACUCACUGUUUGGUUAAUAAAGUCCAAAUAUUUUGAGCAGCACAGAAAUUUUGUACCAGCCCUUCCCAAUACAUUAAUUUGUGAUCUUAAUGGUUGGCUAUACCUAGGUUUGCUAGAUUUUACAACGUUUUCUGAACAUGUUUAACUUUUUCAUGGUGAUGGGCAACACAUGAAACAUAUUACCCUUCAGUCUUCUAACAACACUAUUCAUACAUAUCAUUUAAAUAGAUCUAGCUAGUUGUCUAUUAAUGAGUCAAGGUGGGAUUUUCAAAGAACUGAUGGAUCAAUUCCCAUCUUCCACGUGUGAAUACUGCACUCUUAGGGAUAGUAAUUUCAUUUGCUGCCUAUGAUCAUGAAUAUGAUUUACUACAGACCUGACUUUCAUUUAAAAAAUAUAUAUAUAUUUUUAAUUAGCUGCCAUAAUUAUUGAAAAAGCCCUUUCUGUACCUAAAAAUCUUCCAUCACAAAAAGUGAAACCCUUGUGUCUAAUUAGAAAGAAGUGACUGAUUACACUACACAUGGACGAACGUUGAAUACUAAGCAGAAAAUCCGACUGCUUUGUUCUUACGUUCAGUUGUUUUUGUAUAUUGACUGGCUCCUUCUCACAUCCCUAGCGUCUUGCAAGGGGUCAGGCAACAAACUUUUUGUAAAGCAUAUCAAUUCCUAUGAAAUGAUUAUACUAUGUAUAUACUAUGUGUAUUAAACAAAUGGCAACUUGUACCAAGUAUAGAUCAAAACGAGUCGAACUACUGAUGUGAUGGGGUUAGAGAUGUAACAUUUCUUGUUUUUAUAAAGUCAGUAGCUGAAUAUUUUAUUUCUUAGACAUAAAUGUUAUUAAAACUUAACCGUUGCACUUUGUUUUCUAAUAGGCACAUUCUUAGAAUAUACAGGUUACCUUUUUUGACUUUAAAUCUCUUAGAACAAAAACCCUAUUGUGUCUUCUUAUAUUUUUAUAUCUUUCUUUCUGCAGAGGAAUGAAAUUUAACUUUUUGGCAGGAGGUUCAUUGAGAAUAGGCAGGUCCACCAUAUUGUGAAAUGCUACAAAACACCAAUAAACCUCACAUCUUCUUAAUAA